AUGGCUGCUUAUCAGAUCGCCGUCGUUGCACUCCUCCUCGGCCUCGCACUACCCUUCGUUCUCGCGGGCAAUGCCAAGGGAGCAGAAACAUCCUCCCAGUCGAACUACAACUACGAUGCGAACGGCAACAUCAUCCUUUCCACCGCAGGCAACAACAACCAAAACGGCAACGGCAAAGGCACAUCGGCUGACGUCAUCGACUGGUACAACGACCAGGAGUAUCCGACGUGUCCGCUCAAGGCGUGCCCCCCUUUCAAGCACUACUGCUCUGGCGGCAUGUGCAACGACACUGCCGGAAUCCUCGGCCGUUGGAGGCUCCCCGAGCAGUCGUCGCUCGUGUGCCCACCGGGGCGCGCCAACCCGAAGCCCAACAACGACUGGUGCGUCGCGGAGCUCACACCGUCGCAGUGCUGCAAGGCGUGCUCCGAGAGCAAGGAGUCGUGCGCCAUGUGGCAGCACUACAUUGGCGAGGGGCAGGCGAAACGCGCUAUGGAUUACAACACGCUCGCUCACGCGCUGGGGCGGCCCGUCGCGGCGGAUGCGGCGGAGGGAGCGGGGUUCCUGGAUGGGGAGACGGCGGAUUACGAGUCUACUUCGGUGCUCGCUGCGGACUGCCGCUUCUCCGCGUUCCACGGCAAGGCGCUUCUCCUUCCCCGCACUCAGUAG